UCUGACAAGCGAAAUUUUUGAAACUGUUUUAUUUUUAACUACUUGGACUGUUGUUAGUUGCCUAAAUUAAAAAAAUGUCUCGGGGCAAUAGUGCCGGAUUCGAUCGUCAUAUAACAAUUUUUUCUCCCGAAGGAAGAUUGUAUCAAGUUGAGUAUGCAUUUAAGGCAAUCAACCAGGCAGGCAUGACAUCUGUGGCCAUCAGAGGUGUCGACAGUGCUGUGGUUGUUUCUCAGAAGAAGAUACCUGAUAAGCUCUUGGACCCCUCAACAGUUACACAUUUGUUCACUCUGACUGAAACAAUUGGUUGUGUCAUGACAGGCAUGCUAGCUGACAGCAAGUACCAAGUACAGCGUGCUCGUUACGAAGCAGCUAAUUGGAAGUACAAGUAUGGUUAUGACAUUCCAGUUGACAUGCUCUGUAAAAGGAUUGCUGACAUUUCACAAGUCUACACACAAAGUGCUGAAAUGAGACCUCUUGGAUGUACCAUGAUGUUGAUCGGGAUUGAUGAGCACAACAAGUCCCAGGUUUUCAAAGCCGAUCCAGCCGGUUACUACUGUGGACACAAAGCCUCCGCUGCUGGGGUCAAGCAUUUAGAAGCAUCAAAUUUUUUGGAGAAGAAAAUCAAGAAGAAAGUUGAUUAUACUCUCAAUGAAGCUAUUGAUGUUGCUAUAUCUUGCCUUCAACAUGUUUUGUCAGCGGAAUUCAAGGCCACUGAUAUUGAAAUUGGAAUUGUUACAACCACUAAUCCAAAGUUUCGGGUUUUGUCGGAAGCAGAAAUCGAGGCUCAUUUAUCUGCAAUUGCAGAAAGAGACAUUUGAAUCUUUGUUGUUUUUGUUUGUGACUUAUUUUUCUUAUUAAGAGUUUAUUAAUAAAGUUUAAUGCUUAGAAGUAGUAUUGUUUUUGCCAUGAACAGAUUGCCAAUAGAGGAUGCGAUGCACAUUUAUUGUGUAAGGAAUUUCACUUUGUAACUGAAAAAACGUAUUACGUGAAUGUUGGCGUGAAAGCUGUUGCGUCGUUGUUAUCUAGCAUAACCUAAUUUUAAGUAAUUCAGAAGACUAGUUUAUUUUACCGGUUUAUAGUAAUUCAGAA